GCCCCGCCUGCUUCCGCCUUCCGGCCGGUCCCAAACUCUGCCCUGCGCGCGUGUCCCCGGCCGGCCAUGGCUCCACUCCGUUUCUCGGCCAACGUGUCGUGGCUGUUCCCCGAGCUCCCCGGGCUCCCCGCGCGGCUCCGGGCGGCCGGCAGCUCGGGCUUCGAGGCCGCGGAGGUGGCCUGGCCGUACGCGGAGCAGCCCGAGGCACUGGCGCGCGCGGCGCGGGAAGCGGGGCUGCGGCUGGUGCUGAUCAACACGCCCCCUGGAGACCGAGAGAAAGGGGAAAUGGGGCUGGGGGCCGUUCCCGGGAGGCAAGCGGCCUUCCGAGAGGGGCUGGAGCAGGCAGUGCUGUACGCCAAGGCUCUGGGCUGUCCCAGGAGCACUGGAGGCGAGGAUGCAGUGGCCAGAGACAAGAGAAGGCUUGGGGUGCUCAGCAGAGUUCCUGAGGCUGGAGAUGUGGCCCUUUGGAGCUGGGUGUGGCCAAGAAGGAUCAGGAGAUGGGUUCACCUGAUGGCUGGCCGGGUACCCCAGGGGGCUGACCGAGCAGCAGUCAGGAGCGAAAUGGAGACGGUUUUUCUGGAGAACCUGAGGCACGCAGCUGGGGUUUUGGCCCAGGAGAGCCUCGUGGGACUGCUGGAGCCCAUCAAUACCCGCAUCACUGACCCCCGGUACUUCCUGGACACCCCCCAGCAGGCGGCAGCCCUCUUACAGAAGGUUGGAAGACCCAACCUCCAGUUACAGAUGGACCUAUUCCACUGGCAGAUCAUGGAUGGGAACCUGACAGGAAACAUACGGGAGUUCCUGCCCCUCGUUGGGCACGUGCAGGUGGCACAGGUCCCGGGCCGGGGGGAGCCUGACAGCCCCGGGGAGCUGAACUUCCCCUAUCUGUUCCAGCUGCUGGAGGAUGAAGGCUACAGGGGCUUUGUGGGCUGCGAGUACCGGCCUCAAGGAGACACAGUAGAGGGCUUGAAUUGGCUUCGCUCGUACUGGGAUAGGCAGGGCCGCCCACAGGCUGGCCAGUGAGGUCCUGCCCUGCCCCCGCCUGCCUCUGUGGGACAGGGCGCCGAGCAGCCUGCAUCGCCUGAAUUAAAGACCACCUGCUCAACA